UAUAAAGGUGUUGUAUUGUAUUACAGGACACCUGUCAGGACUACUACUGUAUGAAUAUAAAGGUGUUGUAUUGUAUUAGCUACAGUCAGGUUUCUCAGGACACCUGUCAGGACUACUACUGUAUGAAUAUAAAGGUGUUGUAUUGUAUUACAGGACACCUGUCAGGACUACUACUGUAUGAAUAUAAAGGUGUUGUAUUGUAUUACAGGACACCUGUCAGGACUACUACUGUAUGAAUAUAAAGGUGUUGUAUUGUAUUACAGGACACCUGUCAGGACUACUACUGUAUGAAUAUAAAGGUGUUGUAUUGUAUUAGCUACAGUCAGGUUUCUCAGGACACCUGUCAGGACUACUACUGUAUGAAUAUAAAGGUGUUGUAUUGUAUUACAGGACACCUGUCAGGACUACUACUGUAUGAAUAUAAAGGUGUUGUAUUGUAUUACAGGACACCUGUCAGGACUACUACUGUAUGAAUAUAAAGGUGUUGUAUUGUAUUACAGGACACCUGUCAGGACUACUACUGUAUGAAUAUAAAGGUGUUGUAUUGUAUUACAGGACACCUGUCAGGACUACUACUGUAUGAAUAUAAAGGUGUUGUAUUGUAUUAGCUACAGUAAGGUUUCUCAGGACACCUGUCAGGACUACUUCAGUGAGCUGGGAGACGCAGACUUCUCCGUGUUCUCCGACGCGCUCAGCUUCAAACGCACAGCCCUGGUUAACAAUGUCAAGACCUGCCUGGGUAUCAGCGGCACGGUUCUGAGCAGUGACAACCUGCAGGUCCUAGGUAACAUGGUGUGUGUUCUGGACGGUUCCUACAUCCAGAACUCUGACCAGCUCAUCCUGCAGAAACUACAAAACUGUAAUGACCUCACCGACGAACAGGUGGCUGCCAUAGAAACGCUGUUGACGUCUGGGAAAACACAGUACGGACUCCCAGCUACCUGGAACAGAGAGACCCUGGACAACCUGGGUGUUCUGCCUCUCUACCUGACAUCCUCCUUCUACAAGAACUUCUCUAAGAAUGUAAAGGGCCAGUUCCUACAGUCAUUCCUGAAGGUGCUGAGGAAGAAUGGAACGUCCAGACAGAAGAAGAGGAGGAUGAAGACGGCUAUCAGACAGUCCAUCAUCGACCAAUCACAGUCCAAACGCUCCAUAGUGAGUGAAUGCACGGUGGGAAAUAUCACUCAGGUCACGAUCAGUGAGAAUACGUUCCCCUUCAACUACGAGACCGUGACCAAGUUCAACUGCUGCCUGACGGCCAAGACAGUCGUUGACAACCUGGACGCCAUCACCGCCAAGGUGGACGACCUGGAAUACCUUGAAGUGGUCCUGGCGAGACUCAGAGAGGCCUACUCCGCAAACUCCACCAUCCCAGAAGCGAAGGUGCAGGUUCUUGGGCCGGCUUCGCGCGUUGCCACUAACGCUGACAUCACCAUGUGGAGCAUCACCAAGAUCGACACACUGUCAGCUCUGAUGGACUCCUCCAAUGGAGACUGGGAUGCUGUUAUGGCCAUCAGAUAUGAGGAACAAUAA